AUGCCGCGCUCUGCAUCCAAGCAAGAUGAGCUCAGAAAGAGGUCAAAGCUUGUCGAGUUCCAUCGCUUUCUGCGGGAGUUGGGGCCGGAGGCUUGGGCCCUAAGCAGCCCUCCAGAACUCCGUGCUCGCUGCGCAUCUCUGGGCAUCCACUGUGAGGAUGCCGAUGUGCGGGAAAUUGUCGACGAGCUGGAAGAAUCCUGCGGGCACGUUUUUGAGACGGAGGCAAAGCCGCAAGUGGCUGUUUGCGACUUCCUGGCUUAUGUGUACCACACCCGACCUUCCGAGCAGGAUUUCAGCCAGAUUACGGAUGCAAGUGACUGUGCCACGGUGAUCCCACGCAUUGAAGACCGAGCGCUGAUGCUGCGGCAGUACUCUGCGCUCGUGGAUUUCAUGACAGGUCGGGCCGGGGACGAUGGCUGCCUCCUUGGAUGGUAUGACCGAGAAAGUAAACUUCCAUCGAUCCAGCUGGAGGAAGCCAGCAUAUAUCAGGCCAACCAUUGGAUCAUCGAGCCUUUGACACUUCGGGAAGACAUGAGCUAUGCCGAGAUCGUGACCAGCGACAGCAAAGCACCAAACCGGACUUGGUUUGUCUCACACUGGUGGGGCGAGGCGAUGAGUUCCUUCGUGAAGAGCUUGGCCAAACAUGUGGAGAUUCGUGGGCAUGGAAGCGGAAGGGUCGCCUAUUGGGCAGCGUGGAGUGCCCUGGGCCCUGGAGAGCGGGACACGUCAUCCGAAGACACGGGGCAGAAGACCGCGCUGCGCGCCAUGCGCGGACGGCCCGUGCUGCUUCUCGUGGGCCCAGAGGCCCGGGCACUGCGUCGGGCCUGGUGCAUCCUCGAGGUCGCAAGCUGUCGGGGAGCUUUGCAAGUCGAGGGGCAAUCGGGGAACCUGAAGAAGUCACGCGGCGGGCGCAGCGUGCUGGAUGUGGUCGCCUUGCGAAAGGACAUCCGGAGUGGUAUCCCCGUCGUGCUCACAGACGGGCUCACAGACAUGGAGCAGGAGUGGGAGACGAAGCAUCGGGGAAUGGGCCAGAUAUGCAAGACGGACAGGGAGAAAGAAUUCCCCUUGGAGGUCUUCAGUGCCGGGAUUGCCAUCGACUCGGCAGAGUGUGAAUCCUCCGUGCCAUGUGGCAGGACUUGGGUACUAGAGUUCAUUGCCCAGCGAUCGCCGGCCGGUGGGCAAUCGGCCACUGAACUUGUGGAUCAGUCCCUCCGCAGCUUCUUCGCCCAGUCUGCCCUGGCUCAGUUUCUGCACAGGCGGUUAUCCAUCAGCCCUUUUCUGGACACAAUCGCCGCCCACACUGCCCAGGAGGAGCUUCUUCUACCCUGCUUGUCCCACACCCUGACCGAUCCGGGACAGUUCUUGUCCGACCUUUCGCCAACAAUAAGCCGCCUCCUGCAGCUUCGACAUCUCAAGCUUGACCUCGGCUGGCGAAGUAUCUACGCGAACCGCACCAUUUCCAGCCUCACCUCCGUUGCUGACCUUGGCUCCGGAAUCAGGCCACUUGUCCAGCUUGAAAAGCUCUCCAUUCGGCUGAGUGGAUGCAAGAAUCUUCAGAGCCUGGCGGGACUGGACGACUCACUGCCCCAGCUGACGAACCUCAAGCAACUAGAGCUCCAGCUGGAGUCUUGUGAGCGGCUGCAGAGCUUCAGCGAGCUUGGGAAGUCUUUGGGCCACUUGGUCAACUUGACAUCUUUGGAGUGUGGUCUUGGUGGGUGCCGGUGCUUGGUUGACUCCGAUGUGCGGGAGCUGGGCAAAGGCAUCCGGAACCUGACCAAGUUGACCCGAUUGAAGGUUGACUUGUCUGGUGCCAAGCAUGUUUUUUACUUGACAGAGCUUGGGAGAAGCCUCCGCUUCCUUCGAGACCUUCGCCACCUGGAGAUGGAUGUCUCUUUCUGCACGAACCUCACAGAUGUUUCGACCCUGGGAAACAGCAUGAGGAUGCUGCUCACUGAGACUGCCAACUUUCAGCCGAAAUCUGGGUUUGUUUUUGAUCUGAAGCUUGAGAAGUCCGGUGUACGAAUCAACCGGGAGAAGGUCAAUGGUUACGACGAUCCCGCGGCGUUCGUCAAGUCUUUGGGGGCAAGAGCCUGGCAUGACCCGGACGAAGAUGAUCUGCGCCCCCCAUCGCCCAAGGGCCGGAAGGUUGUUUGGCUCACGCACCUUGAAGAGCAAGAGAUUAAGCGCAGCUUUCAGGUCCCCUUGGGCUGCCAGGGGCUCUUCAAAGGAUGUCCGCGGCUCUACUAA